AUGAUUCAACCGCAAGAUCAGAGUUCUAGAGCUGUGACAUUGUCUACAUUGUCUUUAUCUCCUGCACAAUGCUCAGACAUAGGGAAAUUACAGGAGAAGUUCAAGGACUUAUUUCAUGAUGUGCAGGGUUUGCCACCACGGAGAGCUGUGGAGCAUGAGAUCCAGUUGGUAGGAGAUUCACCUCUACCAAACUUGGGUUUGUAUCGUACUUCUGUGACGAAAUCUGACGAGAUCAAGAAGCAAAUUCAAGGACUUCUUGAACAAGGAGUCAUCAAACCCAGCUGCUCACCAUGUGGUUCGCCAGUGUUACUUGUGCCUAAGAAAGACGGAGACUGGCGUAUGUGUGUAGAUUAUAGGGCACUCAACAAAAUAACCAUUAAGAAUCGGUAUCCAUUGCCGAGGAUUGAUGACCUACUAGAUCAACUACAUGGUGCACGCUACUUCACUAAGCUUGAUCUCAAAUCUGGCUAUCACCAAGUCCGCAUCCAUGACGAAGAUACUUGGAAAACUGCAUUCAAAACAAGCAGGGACUAUUCGAGUGGUUAG